AUGGCCCUCACCACUAUUCUCAUCGGCCUCGUCGUCGUCACGUUUGUGCUUCGACGAGUGAUGGAGUCGCUGCGUCACGCCAAAAAUGCCCGCGAAAUGGGAUGCAAGCCUCCGCCGCUGGCUCCCAUAAAAGACCCUCUCGGCAUCCUCUCUCUCCUCGAAAUGAUCCAGGCCGACAAGGAGAAGCGAGUUCCCGCCCUGACCGAGGAGCGUGUCAACAGGAUGCGCGAGAACAACGGCGGCAACUAUGUCACCACCAUGCGCCUGCGAACUGGGGCCGUCGAGAACAUCCUGACCAUUGACCCCAAGAAUAUCCAGGCCAUCCUGGCCACCCAGUUCAAAGAGUUUUGUGUUGGUGCCCAGCGAGAGAGCUGCAUGGGUCCUCUCCUCGGAGCUGGCAUUUUUACUACCGAUGGCCCUGCUUGGUCGCACUCUCGCGCCAUGCUCCGUCCUCAGUUCACCCGCGACCAGAUCAGCGACCUCAGCCUCGAAGAGGUGCACGUCCAAAACGCCUUCAACGUUAUGCCGCCCGUCAACAGCGAGGGCUGGACCGAAGUCGACAUCCAGACCAUCUUCUUCCGCCUCACUCUCGACUCCGCCACCGAGCUCCUCUUUGGCGAGUCGUGCAAGUCCCAGCUCGUCGCCGUCGACAACGCCAGCAACGACAAGGAGUUCUCAGCCCGCGGCACCGACUUUGGCACCAACUUUGACCGCGGCCAGUGGUACCUGUCCCAGCGCGUGCGCACCCCCUUCCUCAAGUUCUUCUACAACGGCGACGAGUUCAAGAGCUGCUGCAAGGAGGUCCACCGCUUCGUCGACCAGUGUGUCGAGCGCGCCCUCCGCGAGACCAGCAAGAUCAAGCGCGACGCCAACGGCAACGCCGUCGAGGGCGAGCACUACGUCUUCCUCCACGCCAUGGCCGCCGAGACCCAGGACCCCCUCGAGCUCCGCGCCCAGCUCCUCAACGUUCUCCUCGCUGGCCGCGACACCACCGCUUCGCUGCUCUCCUGGACCAUGAUGCUCCUCGCCCGCCACCCCGACAAGUUCCAGCGCCUCCGCCGUGAGAUCCUUGACAACUUUGGCGACUACGAGAACCCUCGCAAUCUGACAUUUGCCAACCUCAAGGCCUGCACCUACCUUCAGCGCGUCAUGACCGAGGUCCUCCGUCUGUUUCCGCCCCUGCCCAUGAACGCUCGUUAUGCCACCUGCGACACCAGCCUGCCCCGAGGCGGUGGUCCUGAUGCUGAGAGCCCGGUCUAUGUCAAAAAGGGCCAGGCCGUCCUCUACAACGCCCAUAUCCUCCACCGCCGUACCGACAUCUGGGGUCCUGACGCCGGCGAGUUCAACCCUGAUCGCUGGGAGAACCGCAAGGGCGGCUGGGAGUAUCUCCCUUUCAACGGCGGUCCUCGUAUCUGCAUCGGACAGCAGUUUGCCCUCACCGAGGCUGGCUAUGUCCUCGCCCGACUACUCCAGCGCUUUGACGGCCUUGAGGAGGUCAACCCCAGCGACAAGGUCUCUUGGGGUCUUACUCUGGUCAGUCAGCCUGGUGAGAGUGUCAAAGUUCGCCUCCACGAGGCUGUCUAA